AUGACAGACGAUAAGAGCAGAAAGCAAGCUACGCUGGGGCGAUUUUUCGGCUCCGACGCCAAUGCGAGUCAAGCUCCUAAGAAACAGACAACGCUUGCUUUUGGUGGAAAGAAACAGAAGGUGCAAAGUGAUACGCUGGAUGGUUCCGCAGAAAAUACCGCGCCCGAGAAAGACGAUGAUAUCAUGGACGUGAAGGAUGAGGGAGAAACAGCCGUGUCUGCUGCAAUGAAGGAAACAGAACCAGCCAAGAAUUUAAAACGAGAUAUCGCGGAGGAAGGACAUGAGAGCGACAACUCUGAUGUACAACCUGUCACCAAACGCCGCCGCAAGACAUCAAAGGACAGUCCCUCACCAGCUCCAAAGUCAACUCCUAAAAAGAGUCCUAAGAAGACAGCGGCUUCUCCAGCGGCCUCCAAGUCGCCCAAGCCCAAGCCCAAGGCCAAGGCCACGGCCACUGCAUCAAGCCCCAAGGUAGAUGUCAAAAAGGUUAUUAAGGAAGAAAUUGCCGAGGAGCAAUCAAAAUCUGACAAAGAAGAGGAGGAGCAGUCUGAAUCAGAUGAGGAGGAAGAUGCUAAACCCGAGGCAAAGAAAAAGACCAUGGAGAAGGUUCAGGCUACCCUGAAGUCAAGCGGAAAUGAUCCAUAUCCUGACUGGAAAGCCGGUGAUCCCGUUCCCUAUGCCGCCCUCUGUACCACCUUCUCACUCGUCGAGAUGACUACCAAGCGUCUAAUCAUCAUGGCAUACUGCUCUCAAUUCCUUCAGCAGGUCUUGCGCCUCACCCCAAAUGAUCUCCUUCCAACCGUUCAGUUGAUGAUCAACAAGCUGGCUGCAGACUACGCUGGAAUUGAACUUGGAAUUGGAGAGUCGCUGAUAAUGAAGGCCAUUGGAGAAAGUACAGGCCGCAGUCUGGCUGUCAUCAAGACUGAUCAGCAUGAGAUUGGCGACUUGGGCUUGGUAGCUGCGAAAAGUCGAUCCAACCAACCUACCAUGUUCAAACCUAAAGCACUCACCGUGCGGGGUGUGCAUGAAGGACUGCUCGGUAUUGCCAAGGUCAGCGGACACGGAUCUCAGGACAAGAAAAUCUCAGGUAUCAAGAAGCUCCUCUCUGCGGCAGAUGUUGCAACCACUGGUAAAGGCUCCAAGGGCGUGGACAUUACCAAGGAGAAGGGUGGUCCUAGCGAGGCCAAGUUCAUCGUUCGAUUCUUGGAGGGUAAGCUGCGACUGGGUCUCGCUGAGAGGACUGUUCUGGUGUCUCUAGCCCAGGCAAUUGUCACUCAUGAAGCGGCAGUCAAAGGCAAGAAAGCAACCCCUGAACAAAUGGCUGAGGGCGAAGCCAUUCUCAAGACAGUGUACAGCGAGCUCCCCGCCUAUGAGGAAAUCGUUCCAGCUAUUCUGAAGCAUGGUCUUUCCAAUCUCUCAAGUGUGUGCAAAUUGCAGCCAGGUGUGCCUCUCAAGCCCAUGCUUGCCAAACCCACCAAAUCCAUUACCGAGGUUCUCGACCGCUUUGAAGGAAAAGAAUUCACAUGCGAGUACAAGUAUGAUGGAGAAAGAGCUCAGAUUCACUUUGUCGCGUCAAGUGCUGUUGAUAAAUUCCCUACGAACUCGGAGGACCUAUCGAAGAAGUACCCUGACGUACUGGGUAAGCUGGAUACAUGGGUCAAGGAUGAUGUGAGCAGUUUCGUGUUGGACUGUGAGACUGUUGCUUGGGAUACUGUCAACAAGAAGGUCCUGCCAUUCCAGCAAUUGAUGACUCGAAAGCGGAAGGAUGUCAAGGCAGAAGAUAUUAAAGUCAAGGUCUGCGUUUUUGCGUUUGACUUGUUGUUUUUCAAUGGAGAGCCCUGCGUGAAGAAGUCUCUUCGGGAACGUCGAGAUUUAUUGCACGAGUGCUUCCAACCCGUGGAAGGAGAGUUCCAAUUUGCCCAGUUCGGAAACACCAAUGUUCUUGAUGAGAUCCAAGACCUGCUAGAGGAUAGUGUCAAGUCUUCGUGCGAAGGACUCAUGGUAAAAAUGUUGGAUACCGAAGAGAGUGGCUACGAGCCAAGUAAGCGCAGUCGGAAUUGGCUUAAGGUCAAGAAAGAUUAUCUCGCCGGCGUGGGUGAUUCCCUUGAUCUUGUCGUUCUCGGCGCAUACUAUGGUCGUGGAAAACGUACGUCCGUGUAUGGUGCUUUCCUGCUGGCCGCCUACAACCCAAAUAACGACAAAUAUGAGACCAUCUGUAAUAUUGGAACCGGAUUUUCCGAGGCAGUUCUGGAGGAGUUUCACAAGGAGCUGAAACCCAUAGUCAUCGAUCGACCAAAGCCAUUCUACGCGCAUUCAAGCGUCCCGAAAGACCAGCCCGAUGUUUGGUUUGAGCCUCGCUUGGUUUGGGAAGUCAAGACCGCUGAUUUGACUCUUAGCCCGCGCUACCAAGCAGCGGCCGAUGAAUUUGUUGGAACCACUGGCGGUGGUAAGGGUGUCUCUUUGCGUUUCCCGCGAUUCAUCAAAUCCCGCGAUGAUAAGAAGCCUGAACAAGCGACGACCACCCGUGCUGUGGCAGAGAUGUACCGCAAGCAAGAGGCUGUGGCUAAGGAGAGUGCGGGUAAGAAGGGAGUUGAUGAUGAUUUCGAAUAUUAA